AUGUGGUGCGCGCUGCUGCUGGUAGCAGCCGUGGCCGCCGCGGCGGCGGAAGAGCCCUCGGCUGGGCGUCGUCGCCUGUUCGCGCUGCUGCGGCCGCGCGCGGGGGAGCUGGAGGGCGGCGGCCGCUGGAGCCGCGAUGCCGGGCCCUCCGAGGGCAGCCCUUUCGUCGUGAUGCCCGACGCCUCCGCCUCGCAGCCCUUCGCCGUGCGCUCCGUGCCCCUGCUGCUCGGCAACCCGCAAGUCACUCCACUGGUCACUGGCAGCGACAUCUCGGGCAGCGAAGUGCCCGUCAUCUACGCUACUCCUGCGCUACUCGGACGCAGAGGCUACAUCAACCGGCAGCAUAGCACAGUGAAUAGCGGAGACGUCUCUCAGGAGGUUCCUGAGCCUCGACGAAUACUGGAAAAUGGCAAUGUUGACAUCAACAUCAGAGUUAGACCAUACUCGAUAUUCCCCCACACAAUACCGGCAGUGUCUCUCUCAGAUAUUCCGGUGACACAGCCAGACGUUCGUGAUGAAGAUGACAUCAUUGGAGAACUUGGAAUAUCCCAAACAAUGUUCGGCAACCGGUUCAGGAGAGCCAUUGCUACUAACAGAGAGAAUACUGAAACAAAUGCUCCUCUUCGCAACACAGAACCGAUUUUGGAUCAUCAGAAUGACGAUUUUCUGAUUGGAAACACUCUUCACAAUACGAAAUAUGUCUCACAAGAUAGGGAUGCUGAAUCAGAAAUGAGCAGCGAAGAUUCCAUCAUAGACUCGGACGCAUGGUUGAUGUGGAAAGAUGAAGGGUCUGUUCCUUCGAAACCACUACAUGAAAAGAAAACUGAAGUAAUUCACAAACCAACCACAGAGCUAGAACCUCCCAGGGAAGUUCCACCUAAACCUUUUGUUUAAAAAUGCAGUUAUUCCUGUGAAAUUUGAAGAAUAUAUGUUUGAAGCGAAAUAUCUUCAUAUGCUUGAGCAUAUGACGAGCUGAGUUGCACAGCCAAACUAGUAAAAUAAAAAUGAACAUUCUGCGAGAAAGUAAUACUUUGGUAAUUUGUUACUUUAUGAUAAUAAACGAAUGAAAAAUUGUAUUGUUCAUCUUUAUGUAUAAAAAAUGAAUUUGGUUAAUUGAGUAAUAAAAUAGGGUAAGUGAACAACUUGUUGAACUAUUACACUAACAAAUACAAGUAAAAUUAAUCUAAACAAUUAUUGCCUCAACUUCACAGCUGACCAAAUUCGAACAUUUUUUUCGUUUGUAAGUAAAUUUUAAUGCUUUUUAAGUUGAAUCUCGAAUAUUCACAUGGCAACUGCUUUUGUUUUUAUUUAUUUCUUUAAUACUUUCUACCCAUAUUUUUGUGAAUGGAACAUUUUUGCCUUACAAAUGUGGGUUCAACCAAUUUGAAGAACUCAGUUCUUCAUAUUUGGGCGUAUUAUAUAAACUAAUAACAAAAGUGACCAAUAUUGGCAAACUCAUCUCGAAUAAUGUAUUUACAGAAUUAUAUUAAAACAAUAUUACAAUUAUUACUGCACCUAUUUUUCUGCUUGUUUAUAAUAUUUAAGGCAAAAACAUUCUCACACUUUUAAAUUAGUAAUCAAAUGUACAGAUCUGGUAUUUUUAAUAGUUAUCAGUUUUCGAUUCAACGACUACUUACUUCUCGCGUAAUAUGAAUGACAAAACUGUGUAACAAAAUUGGAUAUUUUAUAUUGCAAGCCUUGGAAGUUUUUAAACGAUUUCUAGCACGAAAAUAGUAAUACAAAUAAAAAGACAAAAUUGUUUUUGCGGACAGGAAACAUUUUUUGUUUUGAAAAUAGAAUUUCAAAGGAAAAAACAUAUUAAAUCGAUUUAAAUAAAAUGUAUACUUUUUAUAAUGAUCUAAGUUUUUCCAAAAUAAUAUUAAAUC